UCGCUAGAGCGCGAUGGGACAUGGGCAUCCCAGCCGGGAAAAACCCGCUGGGUCUCCCGGUCGUGGCUGGCUGCGAUGUGGUUUUUUUUUUAGUGUGUAGACACCUCAAUAAUGGACAAGGUACUGUCUGGAAAACUAAGGUGUUUAAACACCUCCAAACAGAAGGGCGAAAUCGUUAAAUUAUAUUGCAAUUGGCUUUGAGACAGGGCAUGCACCACCGAAGAAGAACACCCGGAAGUAAAGUAUUGUUAAGAAAUCUUAGAUGGCGCGAUUCUUCAAAAACGUCAACAGACUUUGAUACAUCAAGAUUAAUCUUCUAAAACGAGUGACAAUUGUAUCGAAAAUGCCCUUGUCUACUCAGUCUCAGACUGAAGGUGACAACUACGUCCUUGUCGCUAGUCUGGACAAUGUCCGGAAUCUGUCCAACAUCUUGAAAGCUAUCACCUUCAAAGAUCAUGCAAUUUUUAAUGCCACACCAAACGGGUUGAAAGUCACUGUGGAGGACUCUAAAUGUCUGCAAGCCAAUGCCUUUAUUCAGGCUGAGAUCUUCCAGGAGUUUACCAUCAGAGAGGACUCAGUGGGGUUUCAGGUCAAUCUGACCGUUCUUCUGGACUGUCUCACCAUCUUCGGGGGAAGCACAGUACCAGGAGUGGCCACUGCCUUGCGGAUGUGCUACAACGGAUAUGGCUACCCCCUGACCCUGUUCCUAGAGGAGGGUGGUGUGGUGACUGUGUGUAAGAUCAACACCCAGGAGCCAGAGGAGCCCAUAGACUUUGAGUUCUGCAGCACCAAUGUGACUAAUAAAGUCAUCCUGCAGUCGGAGAGUCUGAAGGAGGCCUUCUCUGAGCUGGACAUGACCAGUGAGGUCCUGCAGAUCACCAUGUCUCCCAGUCAGCCAUACUUUAGGUUGUCUACCUUUGGGAAUUCUGGGAAUGCCCAUUAUGAUUACCCAAAAGAUUCUGACAUGAUGGAGCUGUUUCAGUGCACAAAGACUCAGACUAACAGGUACAAGAUGUCUCUCCUGAAGCCGUCCACCAAGGCCCUGGCUCUAUCCUGUAAGGUCUCGGUGAGGACAGACAGCAGAGGGUUCCUGUCUUUGCAGUACUUGGUCAGGAAUGAUGAUGGACAGAUCUGCUUCGUUGAAUACUACUGCUGUCCGGAUGAGGAAGUGGAAGAGGAGUAGGGAGAAUAGGAAUAUUGUUGUACAAGAAUACGAGACUCAAAUGUUUUAGAUGUUAUUCUAAAGCCAAACUUGCCCGUUAUUUGGAUUAUAUUCCUUGACUGUGUUAUUUGGAUUGUAUUCUUUUGACUGUGUUAUUUGUAAAUAGUGUUGGCUCUGGUACAUGUUCAUUUUAAAGUGAAAAUGAUUAAUUGCUAA